CACUCCCAUCUCAUCCCUCUCUCUCUCUCUCUCUCUCAAGCAAUGGAUCAGAAAAGCGUUAUCACACUCGCCUUGCUCUGCGUCGUCCUCGCCGGCGUCGGUGGCCAGUCUCCGGCGUCGGCACCGACGAAGUCUCCGGCGACCCCCGCGCCCGCGGCCGCGCCGGUCUCCGCCCCGCCGGCUAAGUCGCCUGCGAAGGCCACGUCGCCCGCGCCCGCGGCGGCGCCGGUCUCGGCCCCAGCGGCUAAGUCGCCCGUGAAGGCCACGUCGCCCGCCCCCGUGGCUUCGCCGCCGGCUUCAACUCCGACGGCGGCUGCUCCCUCCCCGAAGAAGGUCGCCGCGGCGCCGGCUCCCGUCGCCACCCCGGCUUCCCCGCCGACGGUGGAAGCUCCGGCUAGCUCUCCUCCGGCUGCUGCGCCGGUCAGCUCCCCGCCAUUGCCUUCUCCGGUCAUAUCGCCGGCCGCGUCCUCGCCGACGGCUGCUCCGGAAAGCUCUCCUCCGGCUCCGGAGAGCUCUCCUCCGGCUCCGGAGAGCUCUCCUCCGGCCCCUGUGGAGGUUCCCGCACCGGCUCCGAGCAAGAAGAAGCCCAAGAAGCACGUCUCGCCCGCUCCGGCGCCGGCAUUGCUCAGUCCGCCCGCGCCGCCGGCGGAAGCCCCCGGGAUGAGCCCCGACGCGUCCGGCCCGGCACCGUCAUUGCCCGAUAAGAGUGGAGCAGAAACUGCGAGGAGCGUGAAGGCGUUGGCGUCGGGGUUGGCGCUGGGAUGGGCUGCGCUUGGAUUGGUUCUCUAGAGACGUUGGCCAUUUUCACAUUUGAUUUAUUAUUAUGUUGCUGAUCUGAUGUUGCUGUGUAUGAUAUGAAGAUUGGCCCUCACAUUCUACAAUUAUUUGAUUAUUAUAAUGUCAUCUGAGUGCCUCCUCCUUGUUCUA